AUCCCGGCCCCCCGCAUGUUGUUCUCCCGGGACCCCCCGCCGGUUCGGCCCGUCCGUGUCGGAUCGGUCCCGGCCGUGCCCGGCGCUCACCCACCUGCACGUCACCUGCCUGGUGCUCAUCCUCGCUCCGUUCUCCCCGCCCGGCCGGUUCCGCUGCGCCGCGGGGAAGGGGCGGGGCCGACACGGCCACAAUUACCCGACGCUCCGCACCACAGAGACGCCGCACGGCGGGAUAGAGCGUCGGCCAUGGAGGCGGCCGCCAUCCUGUACGUGCGGCACUGCGCCGCCGCCAUCUUCUGCCGCCGCGUUCCCCCGCUGUGCCCCGUGUGCGGCCGCCCCCUGCGCGAUGCCGGGCUGCUCAGCGCCCCCGUGAGCCUCCAAUGUCCCUUCGUGCACGGACACCGGCAGCACCGCGCCUUCCUGCUGCGGCCCACGGCCGGCAGCUUCCUGCGAGAAUACGACGGGAACUCGGAUCUGCACGUGGGAAUAUCCAGCGCUCGGGGAGUGGUGUAUCAUUACAAUGAAGAGGGCGUUCACAGAGAUGAAAGCGGAUGGGAGCAGUGCAUUAGUGUCCCACUAGUACAGCCAGACAUGUUUGAGCUUCUUCAGCAGUGGGAUCAAAUCCUGGAGGAAUUUUCUAUGGGAGAGGAGUGGCUUCCUCACAGGUAUGAAGAACAUGACCACAACUGCUACACGUAUGCACUGGCAUUCAUUAACAGUGUACUGACUGCACAAGGAAAGCAGCAAAUGAGUAAAAGUGAAUUUACAGAGAAGUUUGUGAUUCCACAGACAAAGAAUGCUUCCAAGUACAUUACCCUUCAUCAGGAGCUAACCACUAAGGACUUUUACAUUGUACCCCUUCCUGAUCAAGAAAAACAGUGCUGAAAGUAAAUUGCAACAUGAAAGAAUCUACAAAAUACUACAGGAAAAAGAAGCAGUAAGAUACCAGGCCUCAUUAAGAUACACAAUCUGCCUGAUGUACUUAUAAAGACAAUUAACUUUAUGUAUGUUAACCUGUGCAUCAUGGAGGGAUCAAGAAACUACGCAUAUUUGGAUGAAAUAAAAUUCCUGCAAUAUACACAUGCAAAACUGCUGUGGGGAUAACCCAUGUGACAAAAUGCAUUCCUAUUCAGUCACUAUAUGUUGUGUUCUGUUGAGACAUUCAAUAUCAGAAAUUGUAAUGGCUGUAUAAUUAAGGGUUUUAAAUAAAUCAACUGUUGAAAUAAGCUCCUUAAAACCAUUUUCCCCAUCAUUAAAAAAAAAGUAAAUAAAUAAAUAAAUAAAAAUUUGUGCUUGCAUGUUGCCCAAAUCUAAAGUCUGUGACAAAGCAAAGUCAUUUUCUUUUACUUCAACUACUAGUAAAGCAAACAGAUUUAUAACAAA